AUAAGGCUAGAGGCUGUUGGAUAUUUCAGUAAUUGACAUUUCUUUACAUGCAAACCCUAAAAACCUUCUAUAUUUGGCAAAGAUUUGGGUGAUAUUUUCUGCAGUGUCUUUGGUGCUUUAUAGAUCACAACGAAUUCAGUAGUACCCAAAGAAUUCUUCUUCCCCAAGAACACUGGUGACAAAUUCAGCUCAUCUUGGCAUGGCAGGACAGAGGAAUAACUUUGGGAAGAGAAUGCAAUCUGAAUCCGACCACCCGAGGAAUGAUGGAAGUAAGAGAAGGAAUCCAACUGAUGAAAAGGAAUCAAAUUCCCUUGGACCAGAGGAUACUGUUUUUCGUUAUCUGUGCCCCACGGGAAAAAUUGGAAGUAUCAUUGGAGUUGGUGGGGACAUUGCAAAACAAUUGAGGACAGAAACUAAUUCAAAGAUUAGGAUUAGUGAGACCAUUCCUGGCUGCGAGGAACGUGUGGUAACUAUUUAUAGCACUAGUGAAGAAACUAAUGUCUAUGAAGAGACUGGUGACCUGAUUUCACCUGCUCAAGAUGCUCUAUUCAAGGUGCAUGACAGGGUCUUUGCUGAAGAGCUGCGUAUGGAUGAAGAUCUGGAGGAUCCUCAGCAAAUUACUAUAAGGAUGCUUGUCCCAUCAGAUCAAAUAGGCUGUGUAAUAGGGAAAGGUGGACAAGUGAUCCAGAAUAUACGAAGUGAAACAGGUGCACAGGUUCGGGUCUUAAGCAGUGAGCACUUGCCUCCUUGUGCUCUAAACUCCGAUGAGCUUCUCCAGGUAACCGGUGAAGGUCCAGUUGUUAAGAAAGCACUUUAUCAAGUAGCAGCGCGUCUCCAUGAUAAUCCAUCACGGUCCCAACAUCAAUUGCUGUCGUCACCCAGCAUAUAUAGGUCUGGUGCUGGACUUGCUAUCCCUCAUGCUGGUCCCCAAGUAAUGGGUACGACAUCUUUGAUGGGUCCUUAUGGGAGAAUUGAUGGUAGAAGUCGAUCUACUUCUGUAAAAGACUUUGCAGUUCGUUUGGUUUGUCCAACUGAAAAUGUAGGCGCUGUAAUUGGCAAAGGUGGAAGCAUUAUCAAACAGCUAAGACAGGAAUCAGGUGCAGGUAUUAAAGUCGAUAGUGCUGCAGCUGAAGGAGAUGAUUGCGUUAUAUUUGUAUCUGCAAAGGAGGCAUAUGAAGAUCAAUCGCCUACAAUCGAUGCAACAAUGCGUUUGCAACCAAGAAGUAGUGAGAAAACUGAAAAAGAAUCUGGUGAUGCUGUCCUGACGACUCGCCUGCUUGUACCUAGUUCACGAGUUGGAUGCCUUAUUGGUAAAGGUGGUUCCAUUAUCAAUGAGAUGCGAAAUACCACAAGGGCAAGCAUCCGCAUCCUUUCGAAGGAAAAUCUUCCCAAAGUGGCAUCUGAAGAUGACGAGAUGGUGCAGAUUACUGGAGAUGCUAAUGUUGCUGGCAAUGCGUUAUUGCAAGUACUUAUGCGGUUGAGGGCCAAUACAUUUGAGAUGGAAGGAGCUUUUGCUGCAUUUUCUCCUGGCCUUUCUUACGUCCCAAUGCCUGCAAACACGCUAGAUGGUUCAAGAUAUGCAAAUCGUGAUAAUAGAUCGCGCCGGCAUGGUUAUUCAUCUUAUUCAGGUGGACAUGAUUACAAUGAUUUGCCUUCAACUGAAAGUUAUGGCGGUUCACAGGUUGGUGGUGGAGGUAGUUAUGCACCAUAUGGCGCGUAUUCUUCUGGGCGAUCUAGUAGUGCAGGGGUUUCCAGCCAUAACCCUCCUGCAUAUGGGAAAUCCUAUGGCUACUAGGGUGUAGAGGGUUGUUAGCAGCCGGAGGAUUGAUAGAUAAUUUAGUUCUUGUGAUAAAUUCCUAUAAGGUAAGUAUUUUUCUCUCUUGCAACUGUUAAACUUUAAUCCCGGGCAGAUUUAUGAUUUUAGUAGAAACAUAGAUACAAUUGUCAAAUAUUUCAGGAGGAAAGAAAGCCAGCGUGAUCGUGUUUAGUCAGUUAGCGUCAUUCUUGUACUAGCAAGAAGCCUUAGUCCAUUUCUGCAAAGGAAUAUUUCUUUUGAUGAAGGAAUGAAGCGUUUUGAUUAGAGCAGUUCUACGAAGACGUAUCACAUGUAUUGCCAACUGUCUUUUGCCCUUUGGAGAGGGCUUCAUGAUUCUUACAGUAGAAUUACUGGGAUUCCAUGUCUACAAAUGUAUUCUUUCGUUAAUUAUUACUUUCUCUUUGAGCAUGGAUUAGUGUGGAGAAAAAAGCAAGGUUUUAUUGUAUUACACAGAUUUGCUUGUUCUCUUAGCUCUGCGCUGCUUAGUGAGAGUUAUGCACUGUACAUUCAAAGCUGAUCCGAUUUCUUAUAUUGUGUUUGGAAUCAA